AUGUCCUUCCGGGGAGGCGACUCCCAAGGGCUGUACCAUCCAACUCCCUCACCAGAUCCACCGGAGUCUAUUGCCUCGUCCGUCGCAGCCGGGUUGUCUUCUAUACCAGAGACUGGGCCACCGAGUUUCCCAAAUUUUUCUCGUAUACAUCAGGCGGAAGAUGUCAGCUGGUUACUCCCAACUGAGAUCCCAAUGCAAUUGCCUUCUUGGGAUUCAUUGACGCCUGUUUCCACAGCAUUGCCCAUGACAGACUUCCACCGCCGCAACAUGCAUCAGGAACCACCUGCGCCCGACCCCGUGCGGAACAUCGAGUCGCUAGUACCCCCAUGGCUACAGACUAUGAUGAUCUACUAUGGAACUAAAGGCAGCCCGUUAGAUAAUGUCGGUGCCACUAGCCAGGAGCCAUCGUGUAAUGUCACGGUGCCGGAAGGCCAGGUCGAGCAUCGCCAUUCAACCUAG